AUGUAAGUUGUUGAGAAACGAAGAAUAGAGCUCAUAGAAGUUAUAAAAUCUGCUAAAAAUAACUUUUUGCAUUAAUAUUUAAAAGAAAUGAUAGUAAAUGAAAAAUCAAAAAUAUCUAAUGAAGAAAUCAUAGACAACUUCUUGGCCUUAUUUUUUGCUGGCACUGACACUACAGGGAACAUGACAAGAGUAGCUUUAUAUUACUUAUCACUCUACCCAGAUAUUCAAAACAAAGCAAGAGAGGAAAUCAUCAAACUGGCAUCAUCUAGAAUAAAUUCAACUAACCCUGUUGAUCUAUUUAACUCAUUAACUUUUGAAGAUAUUCAAAAUCUUAAUUUCUUGAAUUCUAUACUGAAGGAGUCUUUGCGGCUAAUACCACCAGCAAUUGAAGUUUUCCCAAGACUUGCCAUUUAAGACAUCCAAAUUGGAGAUAUAUGA